AUGGACUACUAUUUUACAUUGAUUUUCAUUGCUGCAGCAACUGUGUAUGAUGGUUGUACCACAGUCAUGGACCCAUUGCUUGGUGGUCUGGUAUAUCAUGCGACAGCCCAGCUAAAGAUUUUGAAAUAUAACUUAGAGCAUCUUGACAAGCAUCUAGAAGAUAACUGCAACGAAAGUAGUGAACAUAUCAUCGAAUUUCACUGUGUUCACAAACAGCUAGAAAGUUGUAUUGAUCACCAUCAGCAAAUUUUGUGGUUUAUAGACGAAUAUGAAGAAUGUUUCUCGUGGAGCAUAUUCUGCCAGUUUACUGGAAGUAUGCUUUCUGUUCCACUCAACAGCGUCGAAGCUUUGACAUAUGUUGUGGCGAUAUUUACUGUUAGUUUUCAAAUACUAUUUUACUGCCAUUACGGUACACUGCUAUAUGAGGAGAAUAAUGAGCUAAUCAACGCGAUUUGUAUGGGACCGUGGUAUAAAUAUGACGCUGAAAUUCGAAAAAGUUUAUUAAUUAUAAUGGAACGCUCUAAACGGCCACUGCUAAUUACCGCUGGAAAAGUGGUAGAGGUUGUGAUUGGAACAUUUGUAUCGGUUUUGAAAACAAGUUAUUCGUUGAUUGCUGUUUUCAAUAAUUAUAAUUAA